UUGUCAAUGUUUACAAAUGUGAUACACGUGUUGAUCGAAAUUGUAAUUUGUGACAAUCAUGAUGGAAAAUACUGUGACUUCUGACGUCCUAUACGAAAAGAAAGCCGAGAAAUGGAUCAAUCGUCAAAGAAUUUUAGUAUUUGCAUCCCCAGGUAUAUCUCACAUAGAUCGUCAUCUGAUGAAAGAUUUACUGUCAAUGAUGCCUCAUUCCCGAUAUGGUUCAAAAAUGGAAAAGAAAAAGAAAUUAUUUGAAUUAAAUGAGAUAUGCAAAUCAGAAAACUGCAACAAAUGCAUUCUCUUUGAAGGCAGACUAAGAAGAGAUUUGUACAUGUGGAUCUCAAAUAUCAAAGGAGGACCCUCAGCAAAGUUUUUAGUUGAAAGCGUAUUCACUUUGAGAGAAAUGCGACUUACGGGUAACUGCUUGAAAGGAUCACGGCCACUCCUUUCUUUUGAUGAAAAUUUUAAUAAGUAUCCUCACUACGCUGUCUUAAAAGAAUUAUUCAUUCAGGUUUUUGGUGUUCCAAGAUAUCAUCCAAAAAGCCACCCAUUUGUAGAUCACGUCAUUACUUUCUCCGUUCUCGACAAUAGGAUAUGGUUCCGCAACUACCAAGUUCUGGCAGAAGAUGGUGCAUUAAUUGAAAUUGGUCCUAGGUUUUCCUUAAAUCCCAUCAAGAUUUUCAACGAUAGUUUUGGAGGAGACACACUGUGGACGAAUCCUACUUAUAUCUCCCCUGCUAAGUAUCGUCAACAGUUGAAGAAAGCCGCCGGAGAAAAAUAUGUUAGCAAAAAAAUAGCAAAGGAAGUCAAACUAGAGACAAAAGCUCAGUGCGCAGAAUCUUAUGCUACGAAUCCCACUGACCUCGUUUUCUCCGCAGAAGUUCCAGAAGAAAUCAAUGAAGCGUUCAAGAAAGUUCCUUUCACAAGUCUAACUACGGAAGAAAAGAAACGGGAAUUGACCAAACGGGAAAUCUUACGAAUGAAACAGAAGUUAAUCCUGAAAGCCCAGGCAAAAGAACAGAUGAAGAAAGAAUUAAAAAAGAAAAAGGGUGGAAAACUUAAGUUGAAGAAGAAAAAUGUUAAGAAAAAUCAGAAAGCAAAAAGUCAAAAAGCACAAGCCGCUAAGAAUGCCAAGAAGAGCACGGCCAAAAAGACAGGCAAAAACCGAAAACCACUGAAAAGCAAAUGAGUUUCUAUAAGAUUUUAUGUUUUGUGAUAAUAUUUUUUACUUCGAUUAGUGACUGUUAGCUUGAUGUCAGCAGUUAACCAUUAAUGCCUUUUUUUUCUUUUCUUGAGAGAUCAUAUUCUUAAAAUCAGUCUGGGCAUUAUUUCAAUUGAUAUCAGAAUCGUUCUGUUUUAUCACAGUUUUUGAGUUUCAUGCUCAGAAUUCAAAACAAUCGGAUCCAUAGUGAAGAAAUUCUUAUCUGAAUAGUAUUAUUCACAAAAUAUAUUUAAGAAAACACAAACAAAGAUAAAAGUACGGUAGGCAAUACCGCAAUCAUUCUGUAAGACUGAGGGAGAAGCAGGAACUAUCCCACUGAUUGAGAAAUGUGUUGAGGCAACCCUGUUGAAGGGACAAUCUUAUUUUUAAACACUAGCAAAGAGGCAAUUUGCCGCUUUGUAGGGUUUCCUUGUGCCUCUUGAUUUCUUGGAGUGGGUCCUGCGAUGUUUUCACUUCGCAGCUCUAUCUGUGAAAUGUUUUCUGCUCUAAUAACAAUUUCUUACCUUUGCACUUCUUCAUACCUGAAAUUUUCAAUUUUAAAGUCAUUUUUGCCUCUCAAAUGAAUGCACACUUAUUUCUUAUGAUUUUCGUUUUCUAAAUGAAAGAAGUCAAUUUACACCCAAUAACUGUCAUAAACCUGAAAAACACCAGCAUUAAUAUGUAGAAAAAAGAAAAAAUCAUGUAAGGAUCCACUUUCAGGAGAACUCAAUGUCUAGAGAAGAAAUUUACUGAAACUGGCAAAAGCCGCAAGAAGAAAAAGCAUGUUGCUAUCAUCUCAAUGUAUUUCAAUACCUUUCAGUGUUGUAGUUUGUGGCUAUGUUCUAUCAACUGAACUUCCUCUUAAUCAAGUGUGAUGAUUCAUCCUUUCUUACAUCAAGUAAAAAUUGUUUUAAUAAAGAAAAUACUUUCUCUUAUAAA